CUCAUGAAAUGAAACCAUUGCAUCCAAAAGCACAAAGAAGAGUAAGCCAGGGCAGUCUUGGUUCUGAGAAUGUGAUGAAUAUGGAUCAGUGGGAUGUGACCCAGUUAGAUAUUUUACAUAACUCCUCUUCUACUGCCACUGAACGCAGUUCUUCUGUUUCUGAGGACUCUGCCCAGACAAAUACUGCUGAUCUGCACCUGGGUGGAGCUUCUAACAAGAUAAAGAACUCUGGUAAAGAAAAGAAGCAACUCUCAGAGAGAGAUACAUGGUGGAUGUACUCAUUUAGGGAAUCUCCUUCUCCAGGAGCUUAUGAAGUACGGGAUUUUCUCCAGGAUGCACAACUAAAUCCUGUAAAACCAAGUUAUAACUUUAAAGGACAAGGCAGAAAAAAGAAGCCAGACACGGGACCCUCAGGAGAAAUGCUUUUGCCAGGGUGCUACAAUAUACCGAAUUUUCUUUCUUUUUCUAAAAAGCUUCCAAUUUCCUCUUCAUUCAAGAAUACAUCAAGACAGAUUGCAGUGGUUGGCUGCAAAGAUAAGGAAAUUAACACUGAUCCAUGUCAGUAUGACCUCUCUGCACAACCAAUAAAAUAUUUUUCUUGCAAGCAAUUUAUGUUUCGGUCUACAGUUAAGAGAUUUCCAUCAGCAUGCUUUGCCCCUAAAGAUGGACCAGGACCAGGCGAUUAUCAUCUGAAAAAUGAUCCUUCUGGUGGUAUCUCAUCUUCUUUCAAGUCAAAAGUGCCAAGAUUUGUACCAUUUAUUAUUAAAACUCCUGGCCCUGGAACAUAUGAACCAAUGCGACAACUUCCAAAACUACCACCCACAGUUACAAAAAUGGGUCGUUUGCAUGGCAUUUUCUUCAGAAAUUCUUUUGAAUUUUAAAUUGGGAGUUUGGGUAAAAUAAUAAAAACUUCACUUUUAUUUGUUCA